CAGCCCGCACCUGCUCCCUGGCCCCGGCCCCAGAGUCUGCGUCCGGCCCCGGGGGCGCGCUCGACCGCCUCCCGCCGUCGCCCCGGACGGCCUAGGGGCCCCGCCUGUGCUCCCCGCGCCAGACCAUGGUGGGCAGCUCCAGCCGGGAGCCGCAGCCGCUUCGAGCCGACGUCGCCCGCAGCCAGCCCCCGCCCCGCCCGAGCCGACGCGCGGGGGUUCGCAGCGCGCCGGUCACUUCCUUCCUCGGCCGGGAUGGGCUGCGCGGGAGCGAGUGAUCGGCCUCGCGUCCGGCGGGUAAUCCCCAUCUGAUCUGCUGCCUACGAGCUGCGGACGGCCGGGCCGCGCGAGCCUGGGGGGCCCGGGCACCGCGGCAAUGACCUGAUCCCGAGCCCGCCAGGGCGCCCCCUCCUUCCCUCUUCCCUCGCUCCCUCUGAGCCUGUGCGGAGACCGGCUCGGUGCAGCGGCCCCGGGCGGACCAUGGCGGGGAGCUCCAGUUAAGGCGUGUGGGCGCCGAGCUGGAGAGGACACCUUCGGCAUCGCUGCCUUUUGAGGGGGCUUAUUUAAACUACUGAGUCAUUCCAGAUUUAGGAUUCCCUAAAUAAUCACCAACUGUGCCCGUCUUGUGCCAGAAAGCGAGCAGAAAGAGAAAGAGCGCCCGCUCUUGGGACCCCGCGCAUCCCGGCGCUCGCCUCUCGCGGGUUUCUCCCCGAAGGGUGCCUGGCCCUCGAGGAUCUCCCUCCCUCCGUCCCUCCCUCUAUCCCCGUCCCUCCUUCCCUCCCCCUCCCUCGCCUCCCGCUCUCUUCGCAGCGCUGCUGGCGGGGAGUCGCGCGCGCCGCAGCUGGAAACAGCUGCCCCCGCCCCGCGCCCCUACCCCGACUCCGGCUCCCGGCUCCCACUUCGCGCCUCACGGAAUUCCAGAACUCCGGCGGCCGGCCCCUGGAGAACCGCAGGCGGGCGCGAUGCAUUCCGUAGACCUCACCCAGCCGGGACGGACCUCCUAAUCUCCAGAACUGCGGGCCGCAGGGAGUUAAAUUGCUGCCUUCCUCUCCUUCUCUCUGGCGGUUGGUGGCUUGUUUUCUAAAGGAACGUUUUAUUCACUUUUUAGUAUUUUCUACCGGGGGCACGCUACCCGCCUCGGUCCAGACUCUGCUUUGUAAAUGGGUUUUAUAUGUAUGUAUGUGUAGAUAUACUUUGGACACCUUACAACGCUUGCGCCUCUCCAACGGGGGCACGGCUUGUUUUGGACAUCCUUCUUCCCCUUCCAUUUGGUACUCUGAACGCAAACUCCCCACGGCCCAUCGGACGCGGAUCGCCUUGGGGUGCAAGUUUGGGGUGCAAGAGUCUAGUUAACUGGAAGGCCUGGGACCGCCCCGCCCCCGCUGCCAGCGGUUGGGGAAGUUUACAUCUGGAUUCUCACACAUUUUGUCGCCACUGCCCAGACUCUGACUAACCUUGUGGGCGUCGGGUUUUCGGUACUGCAGCCUCCUCAAAUAUUAGCACUGCCUCCCCGCGCCUGCCCUGUCCCUCCAGGCCGCCGAGGUCCUGCCCUCGCCCCGGUGGAGCGCGAUCCCGAGGGCGCAGUGGAGCCCGGGGCCUGGGGCCCACGCUGAGCAGCUAUGGCUGCGGCGAUAGCCAGCUCCUUGAUCCGGCAGAAGCGACAGGCGAGGGAGUCCAACAGCGACCGGGUGUCGGCCUCCAAGCGCCGCUCCAGCCCCAGCAAAGACGGGCGCUCCCUGUGCGAAAGGCACGUCCUCGGGGUAUUCAGCAAAGUGCGCUUCUGCAGCGGCCGCAAGAGGCCCGUGAGGCGGAGACCAGAACCCCAGCUGAAAGGAAUUGUGACAAGGUUAUUCAGCCAGCAGGGAUAUUUCCUGCAGAUGCACCCAGAUGGUACCAUUGACGGGACCAAGGACGAAAACAGCGACUACACCCUCUUCAAUCUAAUUCCCGUGGGCCUGCGUGUGGUGGCCAUCCAAGGGGUGAAGGCCAGCCUCUAUGUGGCCAUGAAUGGUGAAGGCUAUCUCUAUAGCUCAGAUGUUUUCACUCCAGAAUGCAAAUUUAAGGAAUCUGUAUUUGAAAACUACUAUGUGAUUUAUUCUUCUACACUGUAUCGUCAGCAGGAAUCAGGCCGAGCAUGGUUUCUAGGACUCAAUAAAGAAGGUCAAAUUAUGAAGGGAAACAGAGUGAAGAAAACCAAGCCUUCAUCACAUUUUGUACCAAAACCUAUUGAAGUGUGUAUGUACAGAGAGCCAUCGCUACAUGAAAUUGGAGAAAAACAAGGGCGUUCGAGGAAAAGUUCUGGAACACCAACCAUGAAUGGAGGCAAAGUCGUGAAUCAAGAUUCAACAUAGCUGAGAACUCUUCCCUUUGUCCCUCUCUCAUCCCUUCCCUUUAUCCCCUCCCCUUUACCCAUUUCCUUCCAAUAAAUCCACCCAAGGAGAGGAAAAUAAAAUGGCAACCCAGGACCUAGUGACUAAGAUUCUGCACUCAAAAUCUUCCUUUGUGUAGGACAAAGAAAUUGAACCAAAGCUUGCCUGUUGCAGUUUGGUAGAAAUGCACAUGCACAAAAUAUUAGCACACAUAAAAUCAAGGGAAAAAAUAAAUCAAGAUGCCACAACAUUGUGUUGUUAUUAAUAAAAGGCCAAUUAUAAUGAAGACAUAGCUAUAAUAAAUGUGAAAUAAAGUUAUUAUCUUAAAGACAAGGGUUUUGGAGAAUUUAACUUAGAAAUCAAUGUAAUACCCUAAAUAACUUAAACUUUGGAUAAUGCUGUGAUGUGUGCUGUGUUUUGAAUUUGAAUUUUCUUUGGGCAUCUGGAAUUGACACAUAAUUACAUACUGUUUCCAGGAUUUUUUUUUUAUCAUGAUAUUGAACAUGUACAAAUUAUAGAUUCUUCUAACACCUGUAUGGUAUAAGCCAGGAAUCAUUUAAAAGUUUAAAAUUUUAUUCUUGAAGUUGUUACUUAAGAUUGUUUCAUGCAAAGGAUAGACUUCUGUUGAACUUAAUGGUAUUAGCUGAUAUCAUUCCUUCAUAAAAAAGAAUUUCAGAUUCACCUAGGAGAUUAUCAUAUUUUUAUCAAAGGGAUUAGUCUAGGAUCUCAUUUUUUUUUUUUUUUAGUCAUUUAGAAAAAUAAAAUGUGUUCUAAGGCUGAAAUAACUUUUGGGAAUUCUGUGUCAUUGCCAUGUCUGGGCAGUGAUGAAUAAGUUAUAUGCUCUUAUCAUUUGGUCUGAUUGUUUACAUUGUACACACAUUUGAGAGUAGAGGUGCAUGUCUAGCUGUAUUAGAGAGUUUUGUACCAUCUCUUGCAGCAGGAAAGAAAGAAAAGGAGUUUUGCAUGAGGAAAUAAGUUUUAGGAAAUUGGUCAAAGCAAAUUGUAGUUGCCUUUGAAACUUACUAGAGUUUUACGUAUGUAAUAUUUUCCAAACUUCACCAAGAAAUUGGGAGGCAUGGCUGUGAAAUUCCUAACCUAAUAUCUUAUGAAGCCAGUGGUUUGCUUGUUGCUGUAUAUCCUUGUUAAUAAGUCUAGUUGACAAUAAAUCUGUCUCCUAGAACACAGAAAGGAACUUGAUACACUGAGUUUUCAAGGGGCAUAGAGAAACAAUAUGGAAUUAACAGUUAUGGUUCCAAAAGCAUCAAAAAGAAAAAAAAAAAGAACUCAGUGUAAGGACUAGGCAAUACUAAAGUAUUAGAAAAAUAUUAGGGAAGAAAUGAACAUUAUAUGAUCGCCUUGGAAAAAAAAUAGAUCUACAUAGUCCUACAAAUCAGGAUGGUGUAGAGACAUCCAAAUUCAAACAAAACAGAAUGUUAAAAAUGUAUGCAGAAUUAUGGAUAUUAUCAAUGAGAAGACGUAGCAUGUUACUUCUCCUAUAGCUCUACUGUCCAGCAUGUAUUAUUCCAAAUAUGAUUCCCUAAAAUAUAUACACUUUGCAGAAGCUCUAGGCCUUCACUUAAAUGACCUUGCCAUUGGUUGCUGUAUUCUUUCAAAGUCAAUGUAGUUCCCCUCACUCUACACAAUCAUUAUUCUUUAAUAGUGGUUUGUGUCCUUCACCAAGUACUUAAUUUAUGUUAUCAGGAGGUUAGCAGCAAAUGAAAUGGAGGAAUUUGCCUUAUCGGUUGUAAAGAAUAAAAGUUAUGCAUCUAGGCACCUCGGCAAGGAUUUUGAACACACCUUUGCAAAAGAUAUUUGUUUAACAAAAUAUUUUGAAAGUAACAAAUAAAGACAUUUAAAUUAAAAAAAAAAGAAUGUUGCUCUUCUAGGAAAAGAACACACUUGUAAAAAACUUACAAAUCUGGUUGUAUUUCUCCUUGUCACUCUUGAUUCAACUUGCUUUUAAACACACCUGUCACUUCUAGGACCAAACAAACCCCAAGCACAAAGCCUUGUUUUCUUUGAAAAAAUUCAAAAAGAGUCUUCUACAAAAUGGGUCACAGGCUCAUUUAGCAUGAAAUUACUUGAGCUUUUAUGGUGAUACACACACACACACACACACCCCACAAACUCAUCAGUAACACAAUUGACAGUUUCACAAAGUGUUAUAAAUUACACUGAUGAUUUCAUUACAAUAUAUUUAGUCUGGUUAAAUAUUAAGAAAAAUAUGAUGGCGAUAUGAACUGCAACACAAAUCCUCCCUCUAUUUUCAAUGGCUGCCCAUCAUUUAUCAUCUAGAUUCGUAUUUGUCUUCUUCCUCGUAGCAGUUAAGAAGCAGGAGUCCAACCACCUGGUUUCUAUAUUGUUUUUUUUUUUUUUCAUAUCAUUUAAGCAAAUGUUGACCACAGUAACUGUUCAGAAAUUAGCUUUGCCUUAUUUACAAUUAAUUUUGAAGAAUUAACUGGAAAGCUCACCUUUCUUUUACAUAUUAACUUGACAAAACCUGUAGUUGAGAGCAUAGGGUGAACGUUUGCUUAACUGCUGCUUACGUUUUAGGUACAUAAAACCUUUAAUAGAAAAAAUCAGUAUUCACGGUCUUAGUUUUUUUUUUUUAAUUACCAAAUACAAACAUAUAAUUAUCCUAUUUCUUCCAAAAAUAUGAGCCAGUUUAAAUAGUUUGUUUUCCAGGCUUCUUCCAAGUAAAAUAAUUCUUUGAUUUUUAUCGUUCCAAUUUCUGGGUCUCAAUUCAUUCAUCUCUUAAGUUUCUAUAAGUCAAAUAACUCUUUUUUUCAUCCAUUGGGAUAUUCUCAGGAAAAAUAUAACUUUCAGUAAAGCUUUGUAAUUGACUAUGUACAUAUAAGUUAAGAUGUGUUUAUUCCAAGAGUCCUCAUUGUAACAUGCUUCAAAAUCAGUGGGCUUAAGAAUGAAACCAAUACUUUUGAGAAUCUCAAAACAGUUCUUUGGUCAAUAUACUUUAUUUGAUUUUUAAGCUAGAAGUUUGAGGUAUGGAAACAAAAUGGUGCUGAUGUUCCAUUUGCUAAUUCAGAGACUUGUGCUUCAGGAAACUGGAGGACAGCAAGCCAUCCUGUACUUGAUCACAGUAAUAGUUUGGGUUUUGAAUUUUACAUAUGAAUUUCAUAGCACAUUUUUAGCCACUAUGGAUUGGCACAAUAAAGAGACAUCAAUUUGA